GGCGCGGUCGCCAAACCUGCCUGCGUGCCUUCCGCGGAGACCGUUGCCCGCUUCGCCGUCCCAGCCAGCUCCCAAUCAAAAGAGCAGAGCAGAGACCCCCGCUUCUCCCUUCUACUACCUCCCUCCCUGCUGGCCGGCACUUUCCCCAAAUCGAUCGGGAUUCAGGAGGCAUGGCGAGGGCCCUCGACGGCUGCUACUCCGCCAAAGACGUCGCCUACAGCUGUGGAUACUGUGGCUACGCAUUGAACUUGAGCUCCUCCACACGGAACACGGCCAACAUUGGAUCCAAGUACGGAAAGCAGAUCAGGAAAGGCGUCGUCUCAUUCUUCGCAGUCGACGAGAACCGGUUCACGCAAACCGACGAAGUGAGCUGCACGCCGUACUUCCGCUCAAGGUCUUCCUGGGGUUUCUUCAGAAGGAGAACACGAUUGCUCUGCCGCAAGUGCAAUGGCCAUAUCGGUAACGCUUAUGACGACAAGGACUCUGCCUUGUAUCAUAGCUCAGAUGACACACUCGCGAGCUCAGAGGUCAGCAGCAUAUCUAGUCGAAAGAAAUAUGUUAUCAAGAUCAAUGCGCUACAGCCCUCAUCCGACGACUCCGGUGUUCCCUUUGCUCAAUGACAGGAAUCUGAACUGCUGUAUUGUGUGCCUUGAAAAGCAUGGUUGCUCUACUCUGUUCCGGACUGGGGAUGCUGUGAAUCGAAGCUUCUCAAGGGAACUUGCCAUCUCUGUGCUGCUUCAGUCAUCUCACUGUCCAUACUUGAUAAUGAUUUUUCAUUUCUUAACUAUUGCCGGUGUACAUGUAUACUUUAAAUAGAAGUGUCAAAUUUUGGUUGUGUUGA